ACGUCUCCGAGAGCUCGUUCGUUCGAGCAGCGGAACAGAGCAGCAGCAGAGCAGCAGAAAUUGAUCACUCAGAAAUUGAGCAGAGGCGCUUAUCGAUUGGAUUCUUGGAAGAAGAAUCGAAAAAAUGCAAGCAUUAUUAGCCCAGCCGCAGGUGGCGGCGGGAUUGGGAGUUGCUACUGCAGGUGCCGUGCCCAGGAGCAGGGGAAGGAUCCAUGGAGCUCACUCUUUUCUGAGCAAGAGCUUGAUGAUUCACCAGAAGACAUCGAGCUGCGAUUCGUUGUCCUUGGCUUCGGUUCCCCGGAGACGUAGCAGCAGUUCAGGGAGGAUUGGAUUCAGGAAUGGCGUAGCUAGAGCUGAGAAUUUAGAGACGGAGGAAGAGGCGCAGCUGAUGGUGAAGGAGGAGAUGCUUACGAGGGGAUUGAUCGACGUCGACGGGCUCGUUCAAGGGCAAGUGGGCAGGAUUGCGCUGGUGACGACGUUGCUCUUGGGAGUGGGAGUGGCUACGUUGGGAGCGGCCGGAAAUGCGGAGGCGGCGACUGUACAUUUGAGAGAUGGAUUGCAUUCCUCGCUGGAUGUGGAUAUGAGAGCGCUGGCCAUGGGGCCCGAAGGCCCACUUCUGGAGGAAUUUUGGGAUAACAUGCGCAGAUAUGGUUUGUACUUUUUGACGGUCGCGUCCGGUGGCAUUUACAGCUUGCUGAAGCCCGCCAUCGAUGCGCUUCGGAACCCCGUGACUGCAGUUUUGGUCGUCAUCGUAGCCACGGGCUCAAUUUAUCUCGUGGGCCUCACUGUCAGUGCCAUGUUAGGCAUCAACGAAUACCAGUACGAAUAUGCCCCAUAGUCAAGAUUUGUCUAGGCCUACGAAUUAUACAUGUAUAUAACAUGUUUCAAAAUCGUCCAAUUCUUUUCCGUGCCUC